AUGUCUACGGUCCUGGGGAACUCGGAGGCGCCCGAUAUGAUGGUCACACAAGCUGAACAGGGGAAGCUUAAGGACCUUCCAAGCGAGUAUCUAUGUCCAAGGAGUAGCGAGACUACGACCUGCUUAUCUGCACUGGCCAACGCGGAUACGGUCGAUAGGUCUGGUACUAGUGAUAUGGAUGAGAAGGGUGAUAACGACGACCCGUGCAUGCUACCAUCAACUCACAAGGGUAUCGUCUGCUCCGAAGGCUUGACAUUCAGGGUGAUCUCUGACGCUGAUUGUCAAGGUUACCAACGCCCUAACCCCUUGCCCAGAUUUGGUGAGGGACGGGUAAGGUCUGAUGGCUUCCAGGGUACCAUGGAAACACUGACCUGUCUUACUGUCCGUGAUAGUAAGGCGCCCAGCACACCCCUCACUGACAGAUUAG